AUGGGCUCUCUCUUCUCUCUCACGUUGAUAAUUCUCUCGUGCAUAUCCAUAGCAUUAAUAAAAACUGAAGCUCAGAAGAUCAAGUCAGCUCGCCUACUUGACCUGCUCAUCCGGGACUACACCUUCAAGGCCUAUGACACACACUUCAGGACAGGAGUUCUACACACUGUAAAUUUACCAGCAAACUUCUCUGGCAUCGUAGUUGACACAGCAAGAUUCAGAUGUGGUAGUCUCCGAAGGUACGGUGCGCAGGUAAAGGAAUUUCAUCUAGACCUUGGUGUAUCUGUGCAUCCAUGUGCUGAGAGGGUCAUGAUAGUUACACAAAACUUGGGUUACAAUUGGUCUUCUAUAUAUUAUGCCAAUUAUGACUUAUCUGGCUAUCAGCUUGUUUCCCCUAUACUAGGCCUCUUAGCUUAUAAUGCCGGUACUGAUGUGAACUUCAGCAACCCUUUUGAGCUUGGAAUUGAAGCUGCUGAAAAACCCAUCAGAAUAGACUUCAGAAAUAUCACAAGGGUGAACAACGAAUUGGGUACAAGGCCAUUAUGCGCUAGUUUUGAAGGUGCCGGCAAAGUGGCUUUAGCAAAGGAGGCUUCUCCUUACAUUUGUAUUGCAAAAAGGCAUGGCCAUUUUGGGUUGGUAAUUGAGAAGCCAUCACCAGUGGAGUUGAACAAGAGCAAGAGAGUGAGCCCGUGGAAAGUGGCAGUAGGUAGCUCAGUUGGAUCCGCUUUAGGUGUUUUUCUCUUGGGGCUGCUUCUGGUGGCAAUGUUUGUGAGGGUGAAGAAGAGGUCAAGGAUGGAGGAAAUGGAGAGAAGGGCUUAUGAAGAGGAAGCUUUGCAGGUAUCAAUGGUUGGACAUGUUAGAGCUCCUACCGCAUCGGGCACUCGAACAACGCCAACACUUGAGCAUGAGUACAUACCUCCUCCUCAUUGA